UUGCUAGCGUUGCCACCGAAUGCGACGCACAUGUACCAGCCACUGGUUGUGGCUUCAAAGCUGCUGAGUACUGCCGACGUGCAACUCUCCAAAAAGGACGCAAUCCAAAUUGCUUGCUCUACCUACGAAACGGCCAUCAUGGAUCGGCCUAACAACGCUGUGAGCGGGUUUAGGUCCACGGGGUUGUUCCCGCCCUCGCUCGUCAACAUGACGAAGCGCCUGAGAGUCUACACGAACGGCGGCGCGAGAGGCGAGAUCGGGAAAGAGGCAUGGCUC